CCAAAUACCGAGCUGAGCUGGCCUGAUGUGCGACUGAUCUCAAAAAGCUUAUGGAGGAGAGAGACGCCCUCAAACUCCUCUAUUUGCAAAAAAAAGAGGAGAUCAUGAGUCUUCGAUCCGAGCUGACAAGAGCUCAUCAAGAUCAGACCGAGCUCAUUGAACGGGUUCAGCAGAAGGACGAAUUGGUUGAGCAUCUUCGUGAGGAGGCCAAGAUGAAAAAGGCAGAGACUUUGGGGUGGAAGCAGAACAUGGACCGUCUCGCCUCGAAGAAAGAUGCAGUUCGGGUCCAACUGUCUUCGGUUGAGCGUCAACUCCAAAGUGUGAAGAAGGAGAACUUAACCCAAGCCCAGAAGGUUGAAUAGCUCGAGACUCGGUUGGCCCUAAGCUUGCAAGGGACACACCCAAGGCAGAGGUGCUCGUGGCCUCCUACCGAGCCGACGUUGAAGCCACUAACACUCGGGCAAAGGAAAUUUCUGACACUGUUGAGGUUAGAUUGUCCCGUGUUGUCGAGCAUGCUAGGCGCCAGUCUUGAAGAGAGACUCUUGAAGAGGUACAUGCUCGUAGCUUCAACCUCACGGCUGAUAUCGAGAGUGCGAAGGUUUUGGAGGACGAGGCCGGAGCUUUGCUUUCCGAUGAUGAAGACUCUACGAGUGGAUCUGAGAGCGGAGGAGAUGAAGAUGAAGCUCCCGAAGAUGCGGCUC